UCUUUUUUUCAUAAUUUCUAGAUUAGCAAUGAACUCAUGUGGUGAGCUUUUUGCUUCGUUGAAGUCAUGUAUCGCAGGUUUAUAGCACCACUGCUGGCAGUCUUUUGCUUCUUACUUGUUGUUACGAGUCUCUAUCUCGGUCGUGAUCAUCUUACUUGGCGCUCAGGUUCUUAUACUCCUGUAAUGCAAGAGGAGGUAGAGACAGGCCCCAGUCUGGCAUUAACGACAACAGUUGCGACAACAAGUGCUAAGAUUGAAGAGAGCCCUUCGCAUACGCCAACUCCAACUGCAACUGCAACCUUGGCUACAACUCCAACCAUCUCAAAUGGUACUAUACUGUCUGCUGAGCGUAUAUCACGCUACAUAGCAGCUAUAUUCAAUUCAUCGGCGGCCCUCCCUUGUCUUGAGUGCCCUGCUCUAAAUGACAAUCGUUACAAGGUCCUCCAAGAGCCUCGACAUGGAGAUGAGGUUCAAGACUCACAUAUUGAUUAUUUCUUUGCCCUCAACUUGCGGAACUGCAUAGGCAUUCUUCCGCGCCUGAUAGGCAGCAUUGUUGAAGCUGUUCGUUUCCUUGGACCCCAUCGCUGCGCGUUAUCUAUCGUUGAAGGAAACUCCCCUGACGGCACAUCCGAUAUUCUCUCGGCUCUGAAACCCUUCCUCGAAGACUUAGGACUGGUCUAUUUCUACAACAGUUCCAGGAUCAACCCAACCCAAGGUAAUGCACGCAUCCGCAAACUUGCCCAACUACGUAACUUGGCCCUCACUCCUCUUUACAAAGAACAAGUAAAGGUUACAGACGAAACAACAGUGCUUUUCAUCAACGAUGUCUCCGCCUGCACAGAAGAUAUUCUCGAACUCGCUCUUCAGCGACGCAGUCUCAACGCAGACAUGACAUGCGCCAUGGAUUGGACCUACGUAGGACCCGACCCAACCUUUUACGAUAUCUGGAUAGCCCGUACUAUUGCAGGAGACUCUUUUUUCGAAGUUGGCUCGGACGGAAAUUGGAAUUCGGCUUGGAAUCUCUUCUGGAACGCCCCUGGAACACGCUCACGCUACGACGCACAACAGCCCUUCCAGGUUUUCGCCUGCUGGAACGGGGCUACAGCGUUUACUGCGGCGCCGCUAUUACAUGGUCUUCGGUUUCGAGAUACUCGCAAAGGAGAGUGUUUUCAAGGCGAGCCCCAGUUGUUUUGUAAGGAUAUGUAGUCCCGAGGUUUUCGCAAGAUUGCAGUUGUGCCGAGUGUGAAUCUUGAGUAUUCUGAUGAGAAGGCCGCAGAUAUCAAGAAGCUGAAGGGCUAUAUGUCGGAUAUAGUUCAAAGGCAGGAGGAACAUAGUACAAUAGAUUGGGUAUACGAUCCACCAGAGCAGGUGAGAUGCAUGCCAACUUGGGAUAAACAGUCCUGGAGACCCUGGAACGAGACGCUGUGAUGAGAGAAAGGACACUAGUUAGUAACCUAAUGGAUACGGUUUCGAAGUCAUCACGAUUGGCAAGAUCUUGAAGUGAUGAUGUUAAAAGCA